UCCAAACAGGGAGAAUUUGGCACCAAAAAGGGGGAAUUUGGACCCAAGAAGAGGGAGUUUGGCCCCAAACAGGGUGGGGUUGGCAUAAAAAUGGAUAAUUUGGAUCCUAAAGUGUGAAUUUGGUCCCAAAAAAGGCAGAAGUGGCCCCUAAAAGGGGGAAUUUGGCCCCAAGAAGGGGGAGUUUGGACCCAAAAAAGGGGAAUUUGGCCCCAAAAAGGGGGUAUUUGGCCCUCAAAAGUUGGGGGUUGGAUUCCAAAAGGGGAAAUUUGAUCCUAAAAAGGGGGGUUGGAUCCCCCCAAAAUGGAAUUUACCCCCAAAAGGUGAUGUUUGCAUCCAAAAAUGUCUCUUUUCCUUAGAAAAAAACUGAUUUUCUCUUUAAUAAUAUUCAUUUCUCUCUAAAGUGACUCUUUUCUCCCCCCAAAUCCAGGCUUUUCACCCCCAACACCUUUUGACCCAGACAAAAAUCUCUAUUUUGCUCCCAAAUGUUCAUUUUCCCCUCAAAAAAGUCAAUUUUCCUCUAAAAAUGUGGCUCCCCCUCCCCCCAGAAUGUGGAUUUUCCUCUUAAAAUGUGCAUUUCCCCCCCUAAAAAUGUCCGUUUUCCUCCAAAAUUUGGGGCUUCCUUCCAAAAAGGUUGAUUUUCCCUCUAAAAACGUGAACUUUUCCUCACAAAUUUUGACUUCUCCUCUAAAAAUUGGGUUUUUUGCUCUCCAAAUGCUGAUUUUCCCUCACAAAUUUUAGGUUUUCCUCUGAAAAGGUGGAUUUUCCUCCAAAAUGCUGGAUUUUUCCCUCCCAAAAUGUGGAUUUUUCAUCACAGAAAGAUGACUUUCCCCCUGGAAAACAUAAAUUUUUCUCUAGAAUGAGGAUUUUCCCCUCCAGAAUGUGGAAUUUUCCCUCUAAAAUUACCCAUUUUGCUCUAGAAUGUGAGUUUGAUUGUUGAUUUUCUCUCUAAAAAUGUGGAUUUUCCCCUCCAGAAAUGGGGAUUUGCCCUCCGAAAAUGUCAAUUUUCCUCAGAAAACGCCGAUUUUCCUCCAAAAACGUCAAUUUUCCCACUAAAGCAGCAGCUUUUCCCUCAGAAAACGUUGCUUUUCCCUUUCAAAAUGUGAAUUAUCCCGUGAAAAUUAUCCUUUCUCACCGAUAAAACCACUUAACCCCCCGUAAAACUGUGAAUUUUCCUUCUAGGAAUGAGAAAUGGGAGGUUCCCUUCCCAAAAAACGUGGGUUUUUUCUCCCAAAACGGGGAUUUUUGCUUCCGAAAUGUGGAUUUUCCCUCCCGCAGGUCCCGUGACGUCAUCGGUGACGUCGCCCCGGUGACGUCAUGGCGGCGGUGGAGGGGGCGUGGCCGGGCCGGGGGGCGGAGCCCUCGGACAGCAGCCCCGAGCCCCCCUCCCCCUCCUCCUCCCGCCCUCCCCUCUCCGACACCAGCCCCUCCCCCACCGAGACCACGCCCACCCCGCGGGGGAGGGGCCCGGGGGGCGGGGCCAGCGCUCGCCCCGCCCCUCCCAUCCUGCCCGGGCUGUCCAGCGAGCGCCCCCUGGCGCUCUUUGAGGAGGAGCUGGCGACGCGGCCGAGGGUCCCGGCGCUGCUGCGGAGAAUCGCCCCGUACAGCGCCCUGAGCCCCGAGAGUGACACCGGCACGCCCCGCCCCCUGGGCACGCUGCGGGGGGUGCUGGCCCCGUCCCUGCAGUCCCUGCUGGGGUUGGUGCUGCUGCUCCGCCUGCCCUGGGUCGUCGGCGCCGGCGGCGUCCUCAGCGCGGGGGCCAUCGGGGGACUGCUGGGGGCCUGCAUGGUGCUGACCGCCGUGUCCCUCAGCGCCGUCGCCACCAACGGCCUCGACCCCGGGGGCGGGGCCCUGGCGCUGCUGUCGGGGGCUCUGGGCCCUGAGGCCGGGGGGGCCGUCGGGGUCUGCGGGUUCCUCGGAGCCGCCUUCGCCGCCGCCGCCGCCGCCCUGGGCGGGGCCGAGGUGCUGCUGGUGUACCUGACACCGGAUUGGGCGGUGCUGCCGGGGCGUGGCCGCUGGGGGCGGCUCAACAAUGGGCGUGGCUACGGGGCGGGGCUGCUGGCGCUGCUGGGGGCGGGGUCUCUGGCCCCGCCCUCCGUCCGCGCGGCCGCCGCCCCCCUGGGCCCCGCGGGGCUCCUGCUGGCCCUGCUGGCCCUGCAGGCCGGGUCCCUGCGCCGCGCCCUGCCCGGGGGCGGGGCUCACACGUGA